AUGGCGGCACUGUGGCGGCGUCAGCGUUCGGCUUCCGAGGCAACCGUGGGAGCCAGAGGCAGAGCCCUCCGCGGCGCAGCAGUGCCACUGGCGCUCUUGGCGCUGCUCGGUGCGUUGUCUGGCGCGGCGACGUUCACGGGCCUGCAUGCACGGCCUUCACCGGCGAAGACCCCGAGAAGCGGACUGCAAUUCAAUGAAGACGUCAAGAACAUAGUCGCACCCAAGCGUGGUGGCCGGCGGCAGACUGAAGAGGAAGAGGAGGAGGCGGAGGAAAGGCGACGACAGGCUGAGGAGCGUGCCGAAAAGAUACGGCAGAUGGAGGAGUUGGAGGAACAGGAGUCUGGCGUUGUGACCCCCGUGCUCUACCCCAUCGCCAAGAGGUUCCCUCGUCUGUCGCGACAGGAUCUGGGCCGAAGCCUUGCCAUGAGGAGAUGGAUCAAGAAGGGCAAAGAUCAGGGUUUCACGACGGUGCCCUUCUCGGCCGCCCUGCGUCACGUGGUGCCGAAUCCGGAUGUGGAUGUGGCGCUGGUGAGUCGCAGAGAAAAGACGGACAGAAUGAGCAAGGCUUGGCAAGCGAAGCUCGAGGAGCUGCCCCUCUUCGACAUCGCCGGGCUGGCAGCGACCCCCGAGGAUCUGGACCCCUUGGAGCCGGCUUGGGAAGCACCCUUGGAUGAGUUGCCGACAGACGAGGAGCUCAAGCAAGAUCUCCAGGAUGAGAGAGUGCUACAGGCGAUGCAGAGGCGCUUCCUUCGCAGCGAGGAGGACCUUGCGCGCCUGGCAGAGGAUGGCAGCGGUGCCCGAGUCCUCCGUGAGAUCCUGGCAGAGCUCCCGGCGUCCAUGGUGACCGAGGAGAACAGGGAGCUGAUCCGUGAAACGGUGAAGCAGGUGCUUGCCGUCAUGUGGGCGGUGCACGCCACGACGAACUCCACGCAGCUCAGGUGGCGUCUGGCCUGCACCGACGACAAGUUGGAGGCCCCUACUCCGGACACGUCACUGCGGGCUAUCUUGCUCCUGGCUGGAGAAAUGCUGGAGUUCAUUCCGCAGCAGCUAGUCGACCGCGAGAAGGUCUCCGCCGAGCAGCUGCUUUCCGCCGAGCAGAUCCGGCGAAUGGACUCACAGGCCUGGGCUGCCAGCUUGGCCAAGUCUGGUGUCAAUGCAUCCCAGGCUUGCAAGCAAGUCCCUCCGGGGUGGCUGAGCGUGCUGAAAGGGGAGAGCUGGCCUGGAAUGAAGGAUCGAGGUGCGGUGUACCGGCUGCCGCAGUCGGGCAAACGACUCUACAUCGAGGUGGAGCUCGUCGGAAAGCCAAGAAAGGCGGACCUGGGAAGCAAGAGCUCCGGCGCGACCGCCGACGAGUCCGAGCAGGAGUACCGCCCUUCCUUCUUGGAAAGCUUUGGGCCCGCUGCUGGACUAGCAGCCUUUGUGUUCGGUUUGGCACAGCAGACCUUCUUCUUCAAGGCAGGCCGAUCCCGACGGAUGGAGCUGGACAAGACUCUGCGUGCGCUGCAGCGGCGGCCGGAGGAGUCGGCUGAAGUGGAGGCUGCGCGCCUCCAGGGCCUGGAGCAGACCUUGUUUACCGACAUGGAAGUCGAUGAGUACCCGGUCGUGCUCGUGGUUGGUGCUGAGACCGAGACGGGGCAGGUCGUGCUGAGGAAGCUGGUGACCAGCGGGUACCCUUGCGUCGUCCUGAAGAGUGGCGACAACGAGGAAUCCUUGGGAAGCGAACUGUCAGAAGGCACGAGCUACUUGACGGUAACGGCUCAGACGCGUGGCUUCCUUGGGACUCGCAGCAACCCCGGUCCGAGGGAGUCUCUCGGGACAGUCCCGGACAGCCUUUACGACGCAGUUGCGGGAGUGGACAAGCUUGUCAUCUGUGACUGCGACGAGCCCAAUGAGGAAUUUGGCGAGGUGGUGAGCAAUGUGCUUCGGUCAUGGCAACUCUACCGCAAGGACUUCGCUGAGGAGCAGCGGGCUUUCAACAGCAAGGUGCAGGUCUUCAACUUCCAGCGGCAGACGGAUUUCGAGCUGUGGGAUCUGGAGCGACAGUACCCCUCAGACAUGUGUUAUGGUGUCCAGCGUGCAGGCUGGACGCGCAACUCGUACGGAGAUGCUCUGUUCGUUGGCCAAUUCUUCGAGGACAUGGGCCAAUGCCAGCUCCGGUCACCGAGACUGAAGCUGAACUUCUCCAAGUUCGGAGGGCUCAUCGUCACGGUCUACAAUCAGGCGGUCAAUAACAAGUUCUCAUGGUUCUUGCGAACCUCGGAUUUCGAGCAGACGCGGGUUCAGUUCGAGUUCGACUUCGUGUGCGAGGCUAGCUCCUGGUGCAAGUUCCGAAUGCCUUUCAAUGCCUUCAAGCCCGUUCGAGCGGAUGGCGUGCCCAUUGACGACCCAGAGGAGUUUCAGCUCCGACGGGAGGAUGUGGUGCAGAUGGGUGUUUCCUUCCGCACCGAGGGCGUUCCCGUGCAGUACAGAGGUGACCGCAUGAAUUAUUUCUCAUUGCAGAUCGAGGGCAUCAGAGCCUUCCGCCUCCAGAAAGAGCCGCAGGUGGUGUAUGCCGGCCGGCUGGAUGAUGUAGCGCCGACAGUGCAAGAGGCAGAUGCAGACCAGGCUUUUGUUGAUCCAGAAGACAGGCCCAGAGAGGGCCCGUACAACGGCCUUUGGACACGGCCAAAGACGGGUGCCGAGGCCGUGAUUGGCAGUGGCUUGGCCUUCAGCCUCCUGCGAGUCAACGGCUUCAACGACCAUCCAGGUGGCAAGUUCCCAGUGGUGCUUAACCAGGCUCCGCUGCAUAGGCCGCAUCUGUCCUUCCAUUCUGAGACUGUCCGGUCCAUCUCUCGUGGAGAUGUGGCUGCGCUGCUGGUUUCCGCCAUGUCAGAGCCGAACUGCGUGAACACCGAGAUCAUUGCAGGCGAAGCAUCCGAGGGCGCCGAGGAGUCCAGCGCCCCACAGGUGGAGAUCACCUCGACACUCCAGGAAGAUGUGCGAGGCUACUUGAAGCAGCUCACGCUCAAUGGGGAUGUGUGCUUCUCGAUCUUGCGUCAGUACAAGAUGUUCAACGUGGACAUCAUCGUGAAUGAAGAUGCAACGAUUGACGACUUCAUCGACGUGCUGGAGGAGACCGGCACAGCGCCGCGGCAGUACUGCAAGUGCCUCUACGUCUACAACAAGAUCGACAUGCUGAACAUCAGUCAGGUCGAGGAGUUGGCGAGGCAGCCCUACUCCGUGGUCAUCUCCGUCAGCAAGGGGUUGAAUUUGGAUGGCUUGCUGGAAAGAAUCUGGCAGGAGCUGGACUUGCGCCGAAUCUACACUAAGAAGAAGGGCCUUUUCCCCGACUUCACAGAGCCGAUAGUUCUGACUUGCCAGCGCGGCAAUAAGACCAUGUCGGUCGAGAACGCCGUCGGCCUGCUUCACAAGAGUUUGCUGGACGAGUUCAAGUCAGCGCUGGUGUGGGGCUCCAGCGUCCGUGCAUCCCCGCAAGUGUGCGGCCUGAAGCACGAGCUCCAGGACGAGGAUGUAAUGCAAAUCACGAAGCUUACCGCAGCUGAGAAGCAGAAGAAAAUGCACGGGAAGAAGACAGGCACCACUUUGGCAGGAGGGAACACGCAAGUGGACCCUUCCGGCAAGAAGGAUUCUUCCCUUUCCUUCCAUGCUGAACUGUCGGAGAAGCCCGCGAGUAGGGCAGUCGCCGCAAUGCGGCUCUUUGUCAGGGGCAUAGCUGGUGAGACCUCCGCAGUGGAGGUUGCGUCUGCUGCCAGUGUUGCCGACGUCCAGCUACAGAUUCAGGAAGUCCAGGGUGUGCCUUGUAGCGAGCAGCGGCUGAUCUUUGGGGGAAGGUCUUUGCAGUCCGAAGAGCUCCUGGCUGCCUGUGGUGUGGAAGAGGAGUCGGUUGUGCGAUUGUGCUUCAGCUUUUUUGAAGCCUCGAGCUCGCUUCUGCUCCUGUACAAAGUCGUCAUGGCCCGACAGUCUGUCCGAAAGUCCCGAUGUGCAGCUGGCGUUGCGGCCGCUGCUCUCAGCAUGUGCUACCUGGCCGCAGCCUUCGUGAUGCCUCCCGCAGAAGGCCAAGGAGCAGGCCGGCGUGAGGCCUUGCUGGGCCUAGCCGGUGCUGCGGCAACGCUCUCUGCAGAGCCUGCACAGGCAAAGGCGGGAGCAGGCGAGUGGAUGGGCUAUUACAGCGACCCUCAGCACCCGAUGUGCCCACGAAAGAUCGUGUACGAGUAUGACCUCUACGACAAGGCGCAGAUGAUGGUCGAUGGAGGCGAUGGCAACCCCGGAUGCGAGAAGAAGGUGCUCACGAGGUGGACGGCCAAGGUCGACUGGAAGGCAGGCUCUGACGAGAUUACCAUCGAUUUCAGCAAGAAGGGCGGGCCCGCUGGCGUGGUCGGAAAGUGGGAGGGGGACGGGAUCGUCUUCCCCGAUGGCAACAAGUGGAAGAAAAUCAUUGACUACAACACUGGCAACGGCCAGGGGGGGCUGAAGAAGCGGAGGUGGUUGCUGCUUCAUGUGCCCGUGCAGAUGCUCACAGCCUUUUUGCAUCUCGCCACGCAGGAGUCCACCCUUUUCGUCAAUCUCGAUCUCGAAGGCGGCGGCAAGAAGCGCAAGAAGAAGACGUACACCAAGCCCAAGUGGCCUGGCCUUGUUAACGAGCAGGCAGACUCAGCUGUCAAGGCAGUGUCUGUUUCGGUGAAUGCAAACAGGAAGAUCAAGCACAAGAGGAAGUUCUACAAGGUUGACUCCAACGACAAGGUGACCCGCUUGCGCCGCGAGUGCCCUCACGAGACCUGUGGCCCAGGAGGUCUUGACUUAGCCCGGUUUCUUGCAGCUGACAACAUGGCGCCGUACAAUGCCUCCGAGGAAGUGGAGCCACCCUUCAUGAAGAAGUACUUUUCAAACGAGUUUAUGAUGAAGUAUGAGCCCUUAGCAGCGGCGAAGCGGAGGUUGGAUGAAGACAAGAACGACGCGGAAGCGCAGAAGAUGUACGACACAUACUUCCCCAUGUACAAGAAUUAUGACUGGUGCAGCUCUUGGGAUGGCACAAAGUACGACUUGGUCUUCUACGGAGUGUCGGGCUACACUGGCUAUUUGAUGAUGGAGUACCUCAAGCGCGUCUCACUGAAGCAAAGCGCGGAAGACUUCACGUUCGCGUUUGCUGGGCGAACACCUGGUAAAGUGCAGGAUUUGCGCGAUCGUGAAUUCGCAGGGACUCCCUAUGAGGACACCCCGGUCUUUCAGAUGUCCUACGAUGACCCGUACUCUAUGAUCGACCUCGUCAAGAGUGCCAGGUGCAUCAUUAACGUCGCCGGGCCUUACAUGCUCACUCAGGGUGAGCUGAUGAUCGAUGCCUGCAUAUCCAUGGGAGUGCACUACUGCGACAUCAGUGGAGAGAUCCCGUGGUCCCGCAGAAUUACGCCCCUGCAUAAGCACGCCCAGAAAAACGGUGCUUACAUCAUCCCCAGUGCAGCCUCUGCCGGUGGCUUCCCGGACCUUUGCACCUUCCUCUGUGCCAAGAAAGCUCGGGAGGACUACAACGAGGAGUUGAGGAAGGCCAUUUGCUACGUGAAUGGCGGCGGUGCAAUUGCUACGGCCUCCGGAGGUACGCUGAAGACUCGUGCCACGAUGGCUGCUGGUGGUGACGAGACCCGAAAAAUGAUGGGCGACCCCUACGCUCUCGGCGGCUUUGUGCCAGACCGGGACCGCCACGGCAUCAAGUACUGCAACAUCGAGUUUGGGACAGGCUCGGUUACGACCAAGGUGCGUGCCGAGGACUUGGAUGCCAACAUGUCCAAGAUCUCGGAAGACAAGCACUUGGGCAUCUGGCGCGGGCCCAACGUGUAUUCAUAUUUCGAUACACGCAUCGUUCGCCGGUCCAACAUGCUCCUGGCGGACAUGGGUGGCCAGCCUUACGGCAAGAGCUUGAACUUCCUUCAGUUCUCAGUCCUCCCAGCAGAGAUGCUUCUCCAGGGCAAGCAGGGAGGUGGAGGAGGCGGCGGCGGUGCCGGCGGCAGCGUGGAGGCGGAGAAGAAGGCGUUGGAAGCCAAAGGUGUUUACUACGGAGCGGGCGAGGGGCCACCCCUUGAGGAGCUUGAUGAUGCGUGGAGUGCGUGGUUUGUCUGGGCACAGACAGAGAAGGGUCACGAGGUGAGGUGCGACUUCAUUGGCCGAGACGGCUACUUUGAGACGGCACGAAUCGCGGUGGAAACUGCAAUGUGCUUGGUUUUCGACAGAGAGGCUCUGCCCUUCAGGGGUGGCGUGCUCACCCCGGCCGUAGCCUGUGGCGAAGCCCUGGCUCAGCGCCUGAUCAAUAGCGGCGUCAAGUUCUCGAUGGGUAAAUGGCACGAUGUCUCAGAGUUCAAUCCACCACCCAAUCCGUAA